CGAGAUGCCUCUCUACCAGGCCAUCAAUACUGAGUACUGCGAGGAUUGCCAGCUCACUUGGCUUGUUGGUCGGGAUACGCACGACAUCGCCCCUCAACCUCACCCCUACCAUAACACCCUCUUCCCCGUUCUGGCCAUUAACCACUGCAUUGACCAACGAUCACUUGUCGUCCACAUCGGUACGACUGUUGACAAGAAGUACAAGGGAAAGACAGAUGGUAACAAGGCAACGGUUGUGGGCUUUGGAGUUUACUUUGGGGAGCGCUCCAAGUACAAUCACGUGGAUGUCGCCUACUUGGUCAAUCAGGCCGAUCACUCAGACAUUGGCGAGCUCUAUGCUGCCUCUGCAGCCUUGCGCCUUGUAAGAAAAUCUAUCCUUACGGACUGGAAGGCUCUCAUCGAGAAAGACGGCACUGCUGUCAAUGACGAUGACCCUUCCUUCUGGGACAUCAUCAAUCAGCCCGCAGCAUCUGACGAUAAUCCUGCCUCGAAAGUCCCUUCUUCCAUGGAUUCAGGCGAGGAAUUCAUUCAUACCCCUUCCAAGCUGAGUCCUUUGUCAUCCGAGGAUGAGCAAGGUGGCAAGGCGACUACGGUCAAGGUAACAGCUCCCGAGCCCACGAUCAAGAAAAGCACAAAGAAGGAAAAGAAAAAGGGCGACAAAGGAAAAGAGAAGGCUAAGAAAAAGACCAAGAACAAGUCGGAUAAGGAGUCAGUUGGUACAAUGCCGACGACCAAGUCCGAGUAUGGCAGCGACCUACGUCUUAUAAUAGCCACCGAUUCAACCUCCCUCUAUGACAUUGUCACUGACCGCCUGGGCAAGUGGAAGUACGACGGGGCGACUCGUCAGUUCAAGACAACUAAAUCUAGAAAGCCACCCAAGAACAACGACCUCAUUGUCGAUCUGAAGGACGAGCGCGACGCACUGAUGACCCUGGAAUAUGACCAAGGCAUUGAGGUUGCGUGGUACAAGAUCCCCCAGAAGAAGAAUACUGCUGCUCGGGCUCUUGCUCAGCUGGCAAUCGAUGCGUUCAAGGAGGGAUAAGGGGCCUGAUCGAAUACGUUUACAGAUCGUUUUUUAUCGCAGGGCGUCUACAGUGGUGUCAUGAUGUCCUCUAGAGAGGUGGAUUGAUGUAUUUAAUAAACUGCUGAGGAACCGGCAGG